CUUCGUUCCACUCUUUACCCAUACACACACAAACUGUGACACUGUUUCGAUCGACCUUACUCCAUUAAUGUAUUGCAGAAAGAAAGCGUGAGUACCGCUUGCCUAUAUAUUUUUAGGCUACGAUUUGGCUCUGAUUUUGAGGGGAGUUUUGUUUUGGGGUAUAAUUUGAUAAGAUCUCAAUCUCCUAGCGAAAAUGGCGAUGGAGAUCAGUAAAAUUACAUUGGAGAUAUUUUCGAAGCUUGAGAAGAAGUGGCUGUCGCACUGUGAAGGCAGUAAGAAGACAAGAGUUCUCAGCAUUGAUGGCGGCGGAACCACUGGCAUCGUCUCAGGAGCCUCCUUGAUCCAUCUCGAAGACCAGAUCCAAGCAAAAACCGGUGAUUCGAAUGCUCGAAUAGUCGAUUUUUUCGACAUUAUCGCCGGAACCGGUAUUGGAGCGGUUCUCGCUGUAUUGCUUAAUGCCGACGACGGUAAUGGCCGCCCGCUGUUUACCGCCAGGGACGCGGUUAAGUUUGUGAACGAUAGACGGACGGAACUGUUCAAAGUAAAAACUGUAGGCGUUUUUCGUAGGAGACUGAUGUUUUCCAGUAAGAGCAUGGAUAGGAUUUUGAAAGAGGUGUUAACCAGAGACGAUGGUAAGGUGUUGACGCUGAAGGAUACAUGUAAGCCUCUCCUUGUUCCCUGCUAUGAUCUCAAUAGUUCUGCGCCAUUUGUUUUCUCUCGAGCCGACGCUUCUGAAUCGGCUAGCUACGACUUUGAGCUCUGGAAAGUUAUCCGUGCCACCUCCGCUGAUCCGUCCAUGUUCAAGCCGUUUCCGCUUACCUCACUCGACGGAAAAACCUCGUGCUUAGCUAUCGACGGUGGCUUAGUGAUGAACAAUCCUACCGCCAUCGCUGUCACUCACGCAUUGCACAACAAACGCCAUUUUCCUGCACUCACCGGUGUUGAAAACCUCGUAGUUAUUUCCAUAGGGAACGGUCUAUUGAGCAUAUCGCCGAAACGGAAACUCGAUCGUCACGGCCGAUGCCUUAAUUCAUCCGUGGUAGACAUUGCUCUCGAUGGUGUAUCGGAGACCGUUGACCAAAUGUUAGGCAACGCAUUCUGCUGGAACGACAGUGAUUACGUCAGAAUUCAGUCGAACUGCUACACGAAGGGAAGCGUGGGACCGACAUUGGAGGAGGUGUUGAUGGAGAGAGGAGUCGAAUCAUUGCCGUUUGGCGCUAAACGGUUACUGACGGAGACUAACGGAGAAAGAAUCGAAAGCUUUGUUCAGCGACUCGUGUCUUCUCGAAGGAGUAGCUUGCCGCCUAGUCCUUGUAAGGAUGCCGCCGUUAGUGUUACUCCACUCGUUCACGGCCGGUAGGUGUUCCGUUUGUUAGUUUUAAGGUUUAAGUUUUAACCCAUCUCGGGUUAAAUUUUACCAUGGUCAAUAAAGUAACCAGUCUGUCGCUAUGUGUAAUGUCGAAAAUUUUGAAACUUUUUGGUCUGUAUUUAUUUUA